AUGGCGUCGAAGGCGCUCCUGACCAUUCUCGCCGAGGCCACCCUGCUGGCCGCGUGCGCCCCAGGCGCUAAGGCCACUUCGUGCACUGCUGAACCCGACGACGAGGAUGCAGCACAGGCCGCCCAGGUCUCGAUGCUGCAGCGUUCGGUCGGCAACGCCAGCCUUGAGCCUGGGUGGGCCGCCCGGGAGCGCGAAGCCUUCGAGUGGCUCAUCGCGACAUCGAAGGCCCCGCCGAGCCCUGGCCUCGCGUCCUGGCUGCAGUCGCGCGCGGAGGCGCAGAGCAGGACCCAGACGGACCUCGGGUCCCUGCUCAUCGGCAUUUUGGUCGGGCUGGGCCUAGCCUUCUUCUUGCUCCUGAUCCACAACAACUUCAAUUGGGCGCAAACCACUGCGGACGCCAAGGAGCUGUUCGACGACGGCAAAGAGUGGGCAGAGGAGCAGCGCAAGGCGUACGUGGCGGACCGAGACACGGGGAAGGUAUGUUGCUAG